AUGGUUAUUAAAAUGGAUGUGGAUGUGGUAAAUGAUUUGUUUGAGGACAGAGACAAAGAUAUCAUUCUAAGCAUUCCAUUAAGUACAACCAGAAUAGAAGAUCAAUGGUAUUGGCUUCAUGAGAAUACUGGCUGUUAUUCGGUCAAAUCUAGCUACAAAUGGAUACAAGAGAAUAAAGGGCAGUGGUCUACUGCUAUGGAAUCAAGUUUCUGGCGUGUCUUUUGGAAAACUAAAGUCCCUCCGAAGGUGCUGCACUUUGCUUGGAAAGCUGUAUGUGGUUGUCUCCCUACACGUGUUCAGCUCCAAACAAAACAUGUCCCUGUUCAACUGCAAUGUGUGUUCUGCAACAGGGAAGAGGAGUCGAUCAUGCAUGUUCUGGUACAUUGCCAGUUUGCUCGUUCGUGCUGGUUUCGAUCUGCCGUCUCUCUCGGUCAAGUUGCAGCUGCAACUUUUGGUGAUUGGCUCCAGGAUGUGUUGAGUCGUGGUCAUGUAGGCAUGUUCGAGGAAGCGCUAAUGACUUCUUGGUCCAUUUGGAAAGCGCGUAACGACUUGCUUUGGAAUAAAAAGGCUCAAGUUGCAGCUGAUGUUGUUUUUUCUGCACGAACAGUCUUUAACCAUUGGAAUAAUGCUCGCUCAAACCGUUUUGAGCCGCUGCCUGCAAUAGUCAAUACACUUUGCACCAGCGAGCAUUGGAUUGCACCAGAGAUGAAUUGGGUUAAGGUAAAUGUGGAUGGGGCAAUAUUUGCAUCUACACAGUCCUAUGGCGUUGGUGGUAUAGCCCGUGGAAGUGAUGGCAGGCUUAUCGAAGCUUUUUGUCUACAUAAGGCCGACUGUGUGCAACCAUCUUUAGUGGAAGCAAUUGGUGUGAAAGAGGCGUUGAGCUGGAUAAAGGAAAAAGGAUGGCAACGCAUAAUACUAGAGGCAGAUUCACUGGUGGUGGUUCAAGCCCUUGAAAGCAAUGUCGAAAUGCAAUCUGUUUUUGGUUCAGUGAUUGUUGACUGUAUUAAUCUUCUUAAUUCUUUGGUCAAUGUUUAUGUCCGUUUUGUUAAGCGAUCUGCUAACAAUACCGCCCAUUGUCUGGCUCGCGGUGCUUGUUAUUGGUCAGAUUGUAUUUUUGUUAGUAGCAAUGUUCCUAGUGCUAUUAACAUUGUUGUAAGUGCCGAUUUGGCAUUUCUAUUUUAA